UAUAUAUAUAUAUAUAUAUAUAAAAGAAAGCGGUAUUUAAAAGGGAAUGACCAAGAAGAACACCUCAAAAACUGUUGCGUUCUGCAUGAAAGGGGCGAGGAGAAUAUCAAUGGAGUAUUCGCUUCUUGGAAUAUUUAGUGAAGGUCUAUAUCUUGACCUUGUUAUUCCUGUUACUCAAGUUUUCAUCUCACAAAGUGUGAGGCAGACCCCUGCAAACUUGCACGUGGACAAACUGAAGGAUUGCAGUGAUGGAAUGCAGUCUCUGCAGCUUUGACUUCUUUUCUUUUUUCCUCCCUUUUGCACAAGAUGUGAUUUAAUUCCCACAGCUCUGUUUGCUUGAGCUAUUGAAUACAGGUAAAGACAUCUAAGGUUGGAUAUUUCAUAUAUUGGUGUGAUGGUUAUCGACAACUUUUUUUUUUUUUAUAAACCCAGUGCCAAACGUCUUCAACAUCAUUGGGAUGAAUGUACACUUUUAAUAUCGUAUGCUUUUCCUCAGUAGAAACGUGCCACUUUUUUUUUUUUUUUCCUUGGCUGGAAAGAUUCAGUAUAAACGGACUUUUUUCUCCCCUCCUUUCUCUUUCUCUCCCUUUUUGUGUAAACGGAAUCUACAAGACAUUGGACUACGGCAGUACAAUUUUUACCAUUUUUUCAUAUAUUGAUGAUAUCAACUGAUCUACGAACUUUCUGUUACAAAAGAAUGAAUAUGCUGGCUGGGUUUUUUUUUUUUUUAUGGUUACUGCUAUAAGCCUGCCCAUUUCUGAUCAUAAUCAUUCCUUGAUAUAGACACUUACAGACAUUUCCAGUUUGAAUCCUAACUUAGGUUGGGGGGUGGGAAGGGGACAAAAAUGCAGAAUUUUUCUCACAGUCCAGCUCCCACUUCGCUGCCCCCUGGAUUCAGUGGAAGGGGUGUUGCGGGCCCUCCUUAUCCUCCUCAGCCAGCAGAUCUCCAGAUCUCUCCAAGGAUGAUAGAUGAUUAUACAGGGUUGCAACCUCAGAGCCUGCACAGAGGCCAUCACCACCCCAGUCAGGCCAGUCACAUGCUUGCUUACGGUUCUCGAAGCAGAGGCACUGUAGAGCCACAACCAUCACAGGGUAGCCUUCACAGUGGCAACAGUAACAACCCUUACAGGAAGGAUGCCAUGGAUUAUUACCUUGCAAUGACUGGCAAGGACAGACACAGAAGAGGGAGUGUGGCUUAUGGGGCAAGUUUUGGGUACCAUAUUGAUGGACACAUACCUCACCAGUACAGACAUGCUGGAUCAGGUUCUGCAUCAUCAUCUGGCCUGAUGUCGCCAUAUUCAGUCGACUAUGGCUCUAGUGCUGGUUCAAGUGGGAGUGCUGGAACGUUCUCACCUUCUCAUCAGUACAAUAUAAGUCAGAACUCUGCAAUGCAGUCACUGUCAGGAUCUCCGAUGCAGCACCGCCAACAUGGACAAACUUUCCAAUCUGUCCACCAUGGACAGCCGCAUAGGAGUUAUCCACAUUCUGGGCACAUAAUGACUCCACAGUAUCCACACUACUCUCCACAGGGGGCAGCAUCUGCAGGGUCGACAGGGAUGUACAGCCCUCCUCCACAGAGAUAUCUUGAUGGGACUGGUAGUGCUGGAUUUGAUUCCAAAGUCAACAGUUCUCCCAGUGUCAACUCUAAUUCAAACUCUGCCACUUCAGUUGCUGCUAACAGCGUGGGGCCAAUAGAGAAUGUACAGCAGAGUUACAGUGCUUCAAAUUAUCCUGGCUAUUCCCCACAGACACAUUCACUUCACAAGCAAGCUACACUACAGCACCGGAAUUCACAGCACAAUUUAGGAGUAGGUUAUGACAACUCUCUCAAGAUGCAGCACCAGGGCUCUUCUCCAAUCUCUGUAUAUGCUAAACAUCAAGCCUCCAAUUCCACUGUAACUCAAGCAGCCUCUCAAGAAAUACCCAAAUCUCCCCUGCAUCCCAAUUCUCAACAAACCCAAAUUAAUCAAAACUUUAGUCCUAUAUCAAACCCCUCACCAGCUGCAUCUGCAGUUCAAUCCCCCAGCUGUAGCUCCUCUCCUUCUCCUUUGAUGGGUGUCUCAGAGUCACACGGAAACACUUCAAGUCAAGUUCCUGCUCAGUCAAACCCCCGUAGCAGUCAUAGAUUACUGCAGACAAUGUCUCAAUUAAGUCCCACUCCCAACUCAAAUAGCAGCAUUAGUAGUUGUGGUAGCAGUGGCAGUCAUAAACCUCAAAACCUGAGCACAAUUGGAGGGUCAACAAGCCACAACAAAAUGGGUAUAGGAUCAAAAGAGGAAAGUGCAUCUGCUUUUUCAUGUACUCCACUUGAAAAAAUGCAGGAUACCUGCUUGAAUAGUCUCAAUGCCUUGACAUCACAAGUAGCCAAUUUACCAAACACAGUUCAGCAUAUGUUACUUACUGACACAGUGCUUUCACAGAAAAAGGGAAAAGACGGUGGCCCGACGCAUCAGGCAACACACACCAUACCCCCGUCACAACCAAGGAGUCGAAAUGCCAGCGCAGCCUCGAGCACCAGCACAGUUAAAGAAGGAACGGGAGUGGGGAUUGGUGAUUGCGGCAGUUUAGAAAGUGGUGCUGAUGAAGACGCCUCAUUGAUAUCAGCAGGAAGCACUACAAAAUCAAAAGUGGAGCGAGAUGAACCAUUCACUGGGCGAGAACAUGAAAGAGUGAGACAGAUUAGUGGUGCAAGCAGUGGAUCUGAACCAGCUACCUAUCGCCCCCCUCCUCAGAAUCAGACCCAACAACAGACUGGACAGGCGUUGAAUGUUAAAACAAUCACAUCUAAUUCAACAAUGAAACCAUGUUCUGAAACAAAAGCAAGUGAAGCUCACAUUUCUUCAUCACCAUCUCCAUCCUUUGGAUAUCAUUCAUCAAAGACGGGUGCAAAUUCACAGUCGGCACCUCCAGUUUCCUCAUCGCCCUUGUCACUCAUCUCCACUAAUCCUCAUCAGCCUAACUGUCUCUCAGAGCCUUGCUCAACAUAUAGUGAACAUGGAUGUAGCUUAAAGAAGAUGGAAAUAAAAAAUGAAGUCAUUAAAAAUGAAGGUGAUGCUAUGGUUGAAAUAACAGAGAAAAGCAGUAGCCAAGUGCAACAAGAUGUAAAUGCACAAGAUAGUCAAGAUAAAGAAAACAGAUUGCACAUUGUGUCCAGACUACACAGUAAUAGGAGGGAAGAAAAACAUACAUCUGAGGAGCAGCAAAGUGCCAGUAGUGUUGGUGUGAUUGUUUCAACUCGGUCUGAGGGAAGCCAUAGUGAGAAAAGCAAGCACUCCCAUGACAAUUGUAUAGAACAGAAAGUGUCACACGCUUACUUCAGAGAAUCAAACAGUCAUAAUGGGGAUGAAGGUGUCGAUCUGAGUCUAUAUUCCUCUCAUCACAAAUCGCAUUUUGGAAGGCCUCAAACUCCUCAAACUGGACCACACAAAUAUAGCUACCCAGAAGCAGCAUAUGGUUCAGAUUUGUCAAUGAAGAACAGAGCUGGUGCAGUGAAUGUGAUGGAUUUAAAUUCCAGAUUCCUAGGGUACCAGUCACAGAUUAGUUAUGGCCCUGUGCAUUCUAAAGAUCUGAGUUCUGUUGUUGAGGCUUUAGGGAAGAGAAGACAAGCAGCAGCGGCAAAAGGUUCUGAGGAUACUCCUCAAAUGCAGGUUCCCAGCCUUCUGCAAGAGGUUCUUCAAGGCUACAUAGAUAGACGUUAUGGCCGACCGGAACAAGCAUUUCCUCCCCUUCUCCAACCUCAGCAACAGUUUCAAACCAAGCAUGGGUAUGGCAUGGCUGAAAGUGUGAGAAUGCAAACUGGAGUAACUGAGGCAUCUGGUCAUUCUACUCAACAAGUAAGUUCUGGAAAACGGCUACACCUAAAACAAAGGCAUGGAAGUGGACCAGAUUUUGCAAUAGAUCCUCACUCCCCUGUGAUGUCUGAGGUGACCAGUUUGAAGAUAUUACCAAAAACUGAAAAAACGGAAGUAUGUGUAUCCCAGAGUCAUUUACCACAAUCUACGGAGUCUCAACAGCCUCCACCAAAACAUAUAAACUUGGCUGAUUAUUCUCUGCCGCAGAGAAAAGCAUUGUCUAAUGUGUCCACACCAUCCUCUGCCGUGCAAGAGCUUCUUCUACAAGAGCCAGAGCCACUAACCAGUACCACUGGUCAAGCUGAGUCUCAAAAAUCAUCAGCAGCCAUAUUAGUCCCAUCAUCAGAGCGGCGCUCUGUCAUCUGCGACCUGUCCCCCAACCAGCAGAGCACAACAGACAGGGAAAGUGACAGAGAAAAGGAGAAAAGCCAGAGUGGAGCGUCUGUGAUUCAACAUCCAUUUUCCUCUCCGGCAGCAGCCAGUGAUCUGAGUAAAAAGGAUAGUGGAGAGAAACAAGUGGUGAAAAUUGAAACUACAUCAAAAGAAGCUGGCUCUGAUGCUGAUCAUCGUGGCAACUUGUUAGCUAAUGAGACUCACGUGGACUAUCUUUCCAAAUCUCUUCAUUCAUCUCUUAUGAAUCCUGACCCAUACAGGCGUAGUAAUGUUGACACUACACCAUUGCCACCUCAUCAUGUGAGCAUCAGUUCUCUGUCUUCGCCAUCGAGGCAUCAGAGUUAUCUUCAUGGCAUUGAUUUAUCAACUGCCAGUACCAGCAAUUUUCCUGGAUAUCGAUAUGGCGAUGCAAGAGAAGGUAAUAUAAUGCCACGCAACAGCCCCCUUUUCUCCUCCCACCAUCUCUACCACAAUUUAUCUCCCCAGAGCCAAUCCACAAAUAAGCUUCAAAUGUAUUCUCACUCCCGUGGUCCUCAUCAUCAUCCCCAAGACAUCAAUGACUGGGUAAAAGCAAUGAACAGGCCAUCUAAGGAAAUGUUGACUAUGCAAUCUGGUUCAUCUCUAGGAAGAAUUAAGUUUAGCCAAACAGAGCAGAGACAGAGGAUAACAUCCCAAAGUGACAUGACUAAUGACCAGCAUGCAACCAAAACCCCACUUCACCAUCAAGGUGCUUACUAUGAUUUGAAAAUGUGGGAGUCGACACAUCCUGUAAGAGAGGGAGAGGCUUACUUCCGAGCACAACCCCCUCCUACGCCUCCUCGUCCUGCUGCUGGGGUUUCACAUGGUCCAGUUCCUCCACAGAUUAUUCAAGGCCCAAAUGCUGUUGAAGCUGAUGUCACCAGAGGACCCGUAGAGGAAACUAAACAUCUUUGUCCACCUCUUCCAUCCAGCUCCACUAAGCCUCCUGCUGACAUAAACUCUGUGCAGCCACCGGUACAGCGUCAAAUUAAAACUGGGUCUGUAGGAGAUACAAAUCCGCUAAUAUUGCGAAGGAGAGUCCGUUCUUUUAUCUCUCCUAUCCCUGCAAAAAGGCAGCUCCAAGAUGGUUCUCAGAGAGUUUCCACAAAUUCGCAUCACUCUCCUGGAGCUCAGUCUGAGUCCAGCCAUCACAAUGAGGAUGACUCAUCCAGUUCAGAUGUCCCUUGUCCCAAGCUGUCUUCUCCUGUUCCUGGAGAGAAUAUAUAUUCACAAUCUCUUUCACCAUCAAAUAGCAACACAAAGGUUUUGCCUUCCAGGAAAGGACGGGGCUUGAAACUGGAAGCAAUAGUGCAGAAAAUCACACCAAACAUUAAAAAGUCAGCAAACCGUGCUGAUGAUGAUGAUGUUCAUUUCACAGGCUUUUCUCAGUCUGAAAUACCACAUUUUAAUGAUUCACAGGACCAAGAGUUGGCUCAUUUUCCUAGAGUAUCAGGUGGGGAUGAUGGUUACAUGGAAGAAAAUGAAUCAUUAAAUGAUAUGAUUCCCUUCAGAGGCCUUGACGAGACUGGGCCUUUACCUCCAUCUGUCUAUCCAUGCGAUUCUCAUCAGACAUCCCAAGUCCUCAAACAACAAGACUUUGACUUUGGAUUGGGGGCUGCUGUGGCAUCAGCAUCUGGUGACAAGGAGGACUUUGCUUUGCUAGGGCCUUUACCCCCUCCUCCACCUCUUCCUCGCCCGGUUCAGGGUUCUCCACCUCCAUCUUCAUCUGUCCUAUCUGACAUUCAACAUUCUACCAACACUUAUCAGCAGCUCGAAACAAGAAGAGGAGAGCAGUCAGCUGCUAACCUCCUCCGACAGAAACUUCAAGAAUCUGCCAUGAGUUUUGAUGAUUAUCCUGGCAGUGAGUACUAUGGAACCACCCCACCCCACCAUAGCCAAGGGCAAGGACACAUGCUGAGCAGACAUCAGAUGGCCUCUGGUAGGUGCAGUCUGUCACCACAAGAUUCCAAGCCACCAGAGACUGUUGUGCCCAAAGGCUAUUUUCCCUCUGGAAAGAAAAAAGGGAGGCCUGUUGGGAGUGUCAAUAAACAAAAACGGGCUCAGAACCAAGCCCAAACACAAAUGCCAGUCAUUUCUCAAGCUCCUUUUCAGAAUACAGCUGUGAGUCCUCCUCCAGUCCAGAGUGCUCCACCUACAACUGUUGUCACAAACUCUCAGUCAGAUCAAACGCCAGUCAGCACAUCAUCCUCUGUGACACCUCCUCUGCCAGAGACAAAAAGCAUUACCACCUUGCCCCCACCUGUUUUAAUCCAGGUCGUGAAAGUGGAUAUUGAAAGUGAAGACACACAGCCAGAGACUGAGGUCAAGCCUGUGCGAAGGAGGCGCAGAGGUGUAAAAAAUGAAGAAGGGUCAUUAGAAGUGAGAGGAGGACAGAGAAGGAGGAGGAGAGGUCCUACAGUGGCGAUACCACCCAUUGCUAAAGAUGACCAUGACACACCUUUAGGGGUAGGAGGGAGUCAGAGCACAAGUAGAAGUAUUUCAGAUCCAAACAGAAAGGGCCCCUUUGUUCCACACAUACACGUGGAGAAAAAAAUACCAGAGAUUGGGGCAGUGUGCACCAUAGUAAAUGCUGAGGAGGACAAGAUGAAAGGAGAGCGUAGUGUAGUUGGAGGUAAAACAGGUGGGAGUGGGAUUGAUUCUCUCUUGACCUCAGCUCUUUCCUUUCAGUUAUCUAGGAGAGACAGAGAAUCAGACAAAAGGGAGUCAGAAGAAGUGGAAACUACUCUUCAGUCAGGAAAAGCACUUCCUUCAUCUGGCUAUGUUGUUUCAGGCCCUAUUAUUACAGAGACUAGUCAUUCUGGCCGUCUGCUUUGCUGCCUGUGUCAGAAAUGGGCAAAUUAUAAACACCUUGGAGAUCUCUAUGGGCCCUACUAUCCAGCUGAAUAUGCUGCCAAGCUCCCCAAGAACCAGCCCCAGGUCAGACAGUGUCAAGUUUCCACUGGCAGUCAUAAAACAGGACCAAACUCUGAUGUAAACCCAAGCGUUAAUCACAAAGACGUAAACACACAAGAUGUUCAGGUGACAGUGCCCUCAACUGAGAGUGACUGUGCCAUCAAUCUAGAUACAAACCCAGCAUCUCCUACUGGGACAGUUAGACAUGCUUCUCCAGAUGGCAGAGAAAAAAUACAUGGCAAGCUGAGCAACACCUCCUCUUGUGCCACCAGUAAAGAAACAUCUGUAACCUGGGAUAUGAAUGUAGACAUCAGACCUAUCCCUGAGUUGAAGAGAGAGCCAGAGGUUGAGGUUGACCAGCAACAGAAGCAAAAACAGCAGCAAACAGAUGAAGCUCAACAACGACCUCAACACAGAAAGCUGACCUCACAUCCACGCUUUAAAAGGAGGCACAAAUCUAGUGAGGAUUCCCCGAGAAUGGUACCAUCAAACAGUAAGGCCUCUCUGCCCUUCCAACCUCCACCACCAGCUUUGGAUUCCCUGGGGCCCUUAGCGCAACUUGCCCAGCUUCCUCAGAUGCCCAUGGACCCAGAGGAGCUGUGGGUGCAUGAAAGCUGCAUUGCAUGGACCAGUGGAGUGUACCUCGUCAAUGGGAGACUGUACGGCCUGCAGGAAGCACUAGAUGGUGCCAGAGAAACAUGCUGCUCAUAUUGUGAGAUGGUUGGCUCAACCCUGGGUUGCUACAGUAAAGGCUGUACACUUCGCUAUCACUACCUGUGUGCUGUUGAAGCUGAUUGCUCUCUGAAUGAAGAUAACUUCUCACUCCGGUGUCCAAAGCACAAGGUAAAGGAGAAUUUACCCAGAGCAGUCGCCCUGCCAAGCCGGCGUACCCGGAGCAGUCAGAGAGAGGCUGAGAGAAACUGUGAGGAAGAAGAGGCACAGCAUGCUGGGAGCUGUACGGUUGGACAACAAAGAACAGUUCAAUGAGAAGUGUGUAUGAUGCAGCCUCACACGUGACAGGACUGGCCUUUUGUGACGAGGAACACCGAAAGGGAAUGUACAAUUUCUCAACAUAACUCUGCUCUCAUUUACACAUUAAGACAAUGGAGAAAACAAGGUUUUUUCUGAGAAUUAUUGCUUUUUCUUAAAGAUUUGAACAUGGAACAAAUAGCAAAAGAAGCUACAAGAAAAUACUUAAAAACUAUGAUGGUCGAAGUGGAAUAAGAUGAAACAUCAGGAUCGACUGCAGAGGUUUUCUGUAAAGAACAAAACAAACUUCCUCUCUAGGUGUACUGACUUUCCCCACAACACCCUCAAAGUGCUCAACUCUUAUCAUCAGUUUGAUCAGUUACUCAUGUUUUUGUUUGCUUUGUUUUUUGUUUUUGUUUUUUUGUUUUUUGGGUGGGGGGGGGGGGGGGGGUCUUUUGAUUGUUGUGAAGAACCAUAUCGGGAGCAACUUGGGAGAGAAUUUAUGGUCCUCUCAGAUGUAGUAUUUUAGCUUAUGGUCACAGUUAUUGUAGUCUUUUAUUAUUAUUUUGUAUCUUCAUCAGUAUUUACUCAUGCAACAUGGAAUAGAUGUAUUUCACUUU